UGUAACAGUCAAACUUCCUGACUGUGCUAUCACUUCAGUGCUAGCAACAACAUGUCUGUGCCCCAGCAGCUCCGUGAUGAGAGUGACUUUGAGCAGCUCCCUGAUGAUGUCCCUGUCACAGCCACCAUAGCUGACAUUGAGGAGAAAAAGGGCUUCAUUGACUAUUAUAUAUUUGUGAUUGAGGUGAAGACUAAAGGAGGCAGCAAGUACCUGAUCUACAGGAGGUACAGGGAGUUCUUGCAGCUUCACCAGAUCUUGGAGUCCAAGUACUCUGCAGACGGCUCAGAAAGUCCAGCCCCGGGCACGUGGAGCCUGCCCACUCUGCCAGGUAAAAUAUAUAUUGGCAACAAGAGAGAUAUUGCAGAAAACAGAAUUCCUGAACUCAACGUGUACAUGAAGCACUGA